UCUUCUCGCGACCUGUUUUUCUUAAUCCUGGCUUUGUUCUUCCACGCCCGCCUCAUUGUCGUUUACGCCAUCAAGACGCGAAUCAUACCUGGAAGUCAACCCCGCGACGCGUCAAGCAUCUCGAAAACGAUUCCAGAGAUAUUCACGAGAUAAGAACUGCGCCCCUCCAUAAUUCGAACACGGUCGAAUAAGUUGAUCGCACAUCACUGUGACCUGUGUAUAUAAGUCUGAAGAUCUAUAACAUAUAACAAAGGCGACAGUGUUCCGCAUAGGGAUAAGCCUAUAUCUGUUGUCGAGGAAGAGGAGUCGGGGUUGGAGACGCGAACCAAGGGAUUGAGCAAGACUCCCUGUGAAGUCGACGUGUUUGAUGGGUACGACCUGUUGAACAAUAAUGGUAUUGCACAAGAAACAGAUUGUGCCGUCACAAGGUCUAAAAGACGCAGAAAUCAGUCGCCUUUCACCAAAUACAGAGCUGUGGGCACUAGAGAUAUUACCAGGAAUCGAAGAAUAUUUCAUAGAUUAUGAGAGCUACCUUAGGGUAAAGUCAUACUACGACAAGAAAGAGUUCACUUGCUCCAUAACUGGCCGCUCAGGACUAACAUUCAAAGCUGCGAAAGCCAGCGAGGAACAAGGCGUGUUGGCCGUUGAGAUGAAUUUCCCCGAUCGCCUGCGAGAGCCUCUGCUUCGACGCGUUCAGCACGACACAACUGCAAGGUUUGACACUCUUGUGCAGAAGAUUUAUGACGAGUUUAAAUACGAUUUUUACCCGGGCGAAGAUGUCUUUCUCCAAGGCGGAGACUCGAAGCUGCCAGCUAUUGUACAAGAGAAAGUGCACAUCAACGCUACCAAGAAGGCUAAGUAUACGUUGAAGGUGCCAGCUUUCGGCGAGCCAUUCACACAUGUAGACAAUGUGACGGCAAUUAGUCGUUCUCGAGACUCUUUCAACAAAGAGCUGCUUAGAAGCUUUUUACGUGCCACAAUAACGCGGGAAAGCUGGCAUGGUGCACCCUGGACAAUUCGACCAGAAUAUUGUAUUCAGUACAGCAUCGACCAAAGUUUACCUCUACAUCUUCAGAGAGAGGCCAUCGGUGCGAAACGGAAGGCCGAGAAAAUGUACACACACAACAACGGUCAGGACCUUCAUGCCUUUUUUCACCCGGAUCGCGAGGUACAUCAUAUAAGGAAUGUCCCCAACAUGCGAGAUCCACGCAUGCCACCCGAACCAAUGGUGAUCAUACCUAGACCAGGCCACCAGCAGCAUCUUGGUUACCAGCAGCAGCAACCUUAUAUGAACGGGGACCGACCCGCUUUCAUGCCUGCUCAGCAAGACCAGCAAUUCACUAAUGGGAUGCCUACUCAUUUUGCACACAGCUUUCCGCAUCCUCAACAUCACCACCAUCACCAUCAUCACCACCAUCAUGUCCCACCUACGCUGCACUCGCAACACCAUAAUCCCCAAUCUCAGCCAUCACAAUCGCAUCCCUUCAUAGUAAAUGGGAAAGCACCAAUACCUCAAUUGCACAUCACAAACGGGCAUAGGAAGUCAGGGGACGGGGCCAUGUUUGGCACCUCACUACCUAUUGGUCAAAGUCGUCCGACGAUGCACCGACCUAUGCCUCCCAUACCUGUUCCCGUUAUCGAAAAAAUAAAGUAUCCUAUCGAAGACUUGGAUCUCCAUCCCCGAGCAAAUUUGCCGGAAAGGCCACCUCUCAAGAAAAUCUCCCAAGACUAUCCCGAUAUUUCGGAGGAUCGAGUUGGUGAUAUGCUUUACAUAUGGACGACCUUAAACAUGCAGAAGGAGCUCUUUGUUGUGGACAACUUUUCGCUGGACGACAUGAUUGAAGCACUCUCCUUGACUUCUCUAGACGUUUACUGUGAACUCCUCAUUGAGCUCCACUGUGCAGUGCUUAAAGUGCUGGUUAACUCCAAAGGAAACUUCGAGAUUGAAUCAAGUUGGGGCUUCGACUUGGAGGACGAGGAGGAAACAUCCAAUUCAUCCCGAAUAUCAACAAAAUCACCAUCCCCGGCACCAGAGCCACCACCUCCAGCGAAAUCUACUCGCAGCAGCUUAGCGAAAGCGGGGAUUGUUCUCAAGGAACUUGAGAAACGCAGCCCUUCGCCGGCCCCCAUUGUCCAUCGGGCAGAUGAGCUCUUCGCUGAAUACGACUGGUUGGAACAUUUGAAAGAACGUGACUUUGCGGAUGGGGGCUGGCAGAUGAUGUUGACUGGUUUCAUCUACAAAGUGUGGCAAAACGAUAGUCCACAGAAUCGCUUCGAGGACCAGUGCGAGCAGAUAUUGGCACAUCUCGUUCCUGCAGACCUUGAGCCGUCAAUCACGACUGUUGUUGAUCAAUUUGCCUCAAUGGAGAUUAACCUUCGCAUCGCUACUCUGCAUAUUGCAGUAUACUUCGCAGCACAGACUGUGGCGUUCAGACAGACUCUUGACACAUACGGACCGAAGAUCGAAUAUAUGCGGCAAGAGAAGGUUCUUCUGAACCGAGAGAAACUUCGCCUCGCUACUGAACUUCGAGAACUGGCGAGUCAAUACGCGAUUGAGCGACCAAAUCAUCUCGAAGAGUCGCCUCAGCCCGAGCCAGCUAAUACAGCUGAUGUCAGCAUGGCUGGUACAGAAGAGAAUGAUGCGAUCGAAGAGGACGACGAAAAGCCUAGGAAAACUUUGCGCAAUGCAAAGCAGCGCAAAGACGCUCGGAAGCGAAAGCUUGAACAAGAGGUCGCAGAGAAGGAGGCUAAGAAAAAGAAGAAAGCUGCAAAGAAGAAAUCGGACUGGGAGAUUCUUUGUGAGAAGAAAGAGAAGACGGAAGAACAACUGAAAUUAGUGGAAGCCCAGGUCGAGGACAAGUUGAAACUGAUGGUCCAGACAGACGGCGUCAGGGUCAACACGCUGGGCAGAGAUCGGUGGUGCAACACCUACCACUGGUACGAGAACACUCGCAUAUUGCCAGACGGAGGGCCGAAUUCAAUAACUGGCUAUUCUCAGGGUCGUCUAUGGGUUCAGGGGCCUCCAAAGGAGUUUUACGACAGCAUUGCCAAUCCGCCCGAGCAGUUUGCCAAGGAAGACAAGGAGAAGUAUGGCAUGUCAGCUCUUGAGCGGAAGCAGAAGGACGAAGGAAGCACCAGCCUUACCUCAUGUGAAGAAUGGGGCUACUACGACGAGCCUGAAGUCAUCCACAAGUUACUAUCUCGCCUUGAUGAUCGAGGUAUCCGGGAGAAACAGCUUAUUAGCAACCUCGAGCUAGAGCGCACCAAUAUCGCUCGCGCCAUGGAGCGCAUGAGAGAGUUCCGCGCAGAGCUUGAUAAGACGUAUCAAGAGGCGGCGGAAGAAGGACCACGGUCUAGACCGUCGAGGAAGAAAGCUGUCGUGGAUCCCGAUGCCCACAAACAUUGCCUGGAAUGGCAGAACAAGGCGGCACAGGAGCAGCUCGGGCAUACACAUUUCCAACAACCACUGUCGAAGAAGAAACGAGCCACUAAGCCUUCGGCGAAGAAGACGAAAGCUGCCGCAGUUGUAGCGAAGGCUCCAUCGCCUUCACCUGAGCCAGUGCCUACCCGGAGAGGAAAGCGGGUAACCCGGCAAGCCUCAAAAUACUGACAAGUGUCGUGCUCUGCCUCGGUCGAAGAGCUGCUUACAUGUUGAUAAUACCGUCUAACAGGGCUUUUCAUGUACAGAAGCACCGAGCGAGGCAUUUCCGAGUUGAAUACACCGCUGCUAUGUCUGUACGGUCCGAUGCUGAGUACAGUUCUCUCACGUCUGGAUCCCCUUAUAUGUGUUUUUUUGUUUUGUUUUGUUUUGGUUUUCAUCAACCAUUUGAAACUCCCCUUGAGACCUACUACGACGACGCUAUGUAAGCUGAAGGGAGUAAAAACUGCAUAGUCCGGGGCGCAAUUGUGAAGGGAGAGGGGCACGGUCAACGAGUUUGAGCAUAUCACGGAGCGUGUCAUGCAUGGAGUUCAGCGUAUUGAGUAGACUCCCGGGUCUCCUGGAUGGUGAUGGAGGUGGUGAUCAAUGGUGUAUAUAGCUAGGUAUAAGGAAACUAGACAACCACGUACUGGGUGGUGGAGAG